GUGCUGGGCUCGGAGCUCUCCCGUCUCCCGCCUGUCCGCACCAGGGGAACACACCACGUGAGUCAGCGCAACCGAGACUUAAUGCUGAACGGAUUCUCUGUAUUAUUUCUCGGACUUCUCCACCUGGGCAUAGUCCCCUCUGUCUCUCCAGGUCCUGGCAAGGAGAUCGCGGGAGGAUCUUCUCCGAACUGCACCGCCGUCACGACGCCUCCCGAGCUGGGGGUCUUCUCCCUGGCUGGGGGGCGCGGACGCUGCGCCGGGGAGCUGCAGGUGGGUCUGCGUUUCCCCCAGGACGGGCGUCCCGCUGGGCCCGUCUGCAGGGAGAGUCUGGACAACGGCACGGCUGGGGCGGUCUGCACGGCUCUGGGCUGCGGAGCCCUGCUGAGUCUGCAGGGCGCACAGAGGGACACGCUGGGCUACCUGAUCAGGAACGGCACUGUGGAGUCAUCCCAGUGCAUGGCUGUGGCGCACGUUGUCUGUCAAGAGAAAUCCCGUCUCCCGGUAAGACUGGCCUCAGCGUUCAAGGAGUCGGCGGUCUCCUGUGCCGGACUGGUCCAAAUUCGAGCACAUGACGGCUGGAAAUAUGUCUGCGUCAAUAAGGACACAUGGGAUCUGAAUUUUGCCAAUGAAACCUGUCAGGAGGUAGGCUGUGGGAACUUGAUCCACCACAGUGCUGUCCCAGCAACCCCAGAAGGCACCACAGGGGUGUUCUGCAACAGCACGAACGCUGACUUGCUCAGGUGUCCCAUGCUUGUAGAGAAAAAUGAGACCUGUCUUCACGCAAGAGUGGUGUGUCAAGGCUCUCCCUCUACUCUGCCAGUCUCACUCAGUGGGGGUGCCAGUCAUUGUCAGGGAUAUGUGCGCAUAUUCUACCAUAACCAGUGGCAGCCAGUUUGCCCCGCUGACAACAAUGUAAACCACUGGAUCUCCCAGAAUGCCAAGGCAGUAUGUCAGUCACUAGGAUGUGGGAACACAGGAAAGGAGGCACCACUACCUCAGGGACGAGGCAGUAAAGUGAAGGGGAUGACAUGCGCCAAUACCUCUCUGUCACUGACAAACUGUUUCCACUAUCUGGAGCAGAGCGAGGGAUGUUUAAACAUCAGUUUAGUCUGCCAAGAACACAUGGAGCCCAGUACCAGAACGCUGGUGUUUCUCCAGGUCUUCUCGGUGUUGCUGUCCAUGCUUCUGCUGUCUCUGAUUCUGAUCAAGUUUGGACCUCGGACCUACCAUAAAAUCAGCAAAAGAUUGUCCGAGAGGAGAGAGAGGCAGUGGAUCGGGCCCACGCAGAGUCACAGUGUGUCUUUCUACAGAGCGCAGAGCGCAGCCCAGGCCAACAGCACAGACAACAAACAGAGACUGUCUUUCCCAGGUGAGAGCACUGCCCACAGACAGCACACACAGCACACGCUGCCCACAGACACACAGGUGAGGAAGGGCGCCGGCUCUCCCUCCUCGACGGUGCAGGCGGGGAAUGGUGCCAGCUCUCCCUCCUCUUCCUCUGUGAUGACUCAGGCAAGGAAGAGCACCGGCUCUCCCUCCUCGUCCUCUCCGACGGCACAGGUGAGGAAGGGCGCCGGCUCUCCCUCCUCUUCCUCUCCGCCAGCGCAGGCGCGCCAGCCUGACAGCUCCCCGGGCGUUUCCUCCCCAAUCAGCAGGGAAUUCAGGGGGCCCUGCGUACCGACACGCCCCCCCAGAGCAGGCCUUGUGAAGACACAGGCCCAGUGUGCACAGUAA